CUUAUGUCAAUAGUUGGAACGCGGGUUGAGUCGGGUUUUACAUGUUUUGUAAUCCAAAAGUCACACUCAACCCAAAAUAGACGAGUUGCACAAAAGAAAACUCUCAUCCAAUCUUAAACAUUGCACAUAUGGAUUUUAUUGGUGUGAAUGAAUAUGUCGGUUUACAGGUCUUUUUGUUAACCUUACUUAGUAGAGUAGCGAGAGCAGAAGUGGGCCCGUUAUUCAAGCCUAGGCCCAAGCCCAAGUCCAGAUUCUCUCGUUUCGACUCUCGAGUCUUGUUAUGCCACCUGACAUCACUUUGUGACCUACCCCUAGGAAUGGUAAUGGAACAGGUUCGGGGUGGGUAUCCUGGUACCUGUACCCGUCCCGUGGCAGAUCGGGUAAUUUGUCAUGAGGCGCGGGUCAGGGCAGGUCGACCCAAUAUGUAUGUAAUUUAUAUGAAAAACAUUAGAAAUAUUCAUUUUCAUUAAAAUAUCAAUAAAUAAACCAUAAUAUGAUAAAAUAUAAUUAAAUUAUUGGAGAAAUUGUCCACAAACUUACAACUUUAUUAUAGCUAAAAUAUGAGGUAAUUAAAGGAAAAUCCUAAAUAAUUUGACUUGUAAUUUAGACAAGAACGGGUCGAGAAUGAGACGGAUCAGGACAAGUCGGAUCGAUGAGAGAUACCCAUGUCCGUCCCGCCCGGCCUAUAUAGCGGAUCGAAUCCACUCCAAAAGAGAUAAAACAAAUCGAGUAAAACGGGUAAGAUGGAAAUAGCCAUCCGUCCUUGCGUCCCCUCCCUCUGAACUGGAGUGCCGCCUGAGAAUUUAAUUCCUUACUCCAAAUAUUCUACCGCGAAAGCCGGAAACCAUCCCAAAUUCAGCAUUUCUUCUCUCCAGUUUCCCGCCUCCACUUCCCCGCAGCCCCCCGCUCAAUGGCAGACACCACCGGCAAGUCCAAGAAGCGCCGCCGCGCGGACGACGGCGCUCCGGAGCUUCCCUUCAAGAAGAAUCUCAAACCGGACUCCGCCAUCCUCGAAACCCUAAAAUCUCUCCAGAAAUCCACAAUCGCCGCCGCCUCCAGCUCCUCCUCCAAGCCCAAAUCCCUCUCCGAGCUCGCCCUCACCGCCGCCUGCCGCGAGGUCACCGACCAGUCCCCCGACUCCGUCCAGUCCAACAUCGAGGGCGUAAUCCUCUCCCUCGCCCGCUCCAUCAUCGCCGGGAACGGCUUCUCGUUCAACGUCCCCUCACGCGCCGCCACCAACCAGCUCUACGUCCCUGAGCUCGACCGAAUCGUGCUCAAAGACAAAAACACCCUCCGCCCCUUCGCCAACAAUUCCUCCGUCCGCAAGGCCACCAUCACCACCAAAAUCCUGUCGCUGAUCCACCAGCUCUGCCUCAAGAACAUCCACGUCACCAAGCGUGAUCUCUUCUACACCGACGUCAAGCUCUUCCAGGACCAGACCCAAUCCGACGCUGUGCUCGACGACGUCUCCUGCGUGCUCGGCUGCACCAGAUCUUCUCUCAACGUCGUCGCCGCCGAGAAAGGCGUGGUCGUCGGGAGAUUGGUUUUCAGCGACGACGGCGACAUGAUCGAUUGCACGAAAAUGGGGAUCGGCGGGAAAGCCAUCCCUCCCAACAUUGACAGGGUGGGGGAUAUGCAGAGCGACGCGCUGUUCAUACUGUUGGUGGAGAAAGACGCUGCUUACAUGAGAUUGGCAGAGGACCGAUUCUACAAUCGGUUCCCUUGCAUUAUUGUGACGGCGAAGGGACAGCCGGAUGUGGCGACCAGGCUGUUUCUUAGGAAGAUGAAAAUGGAGCUCAAGCUUCCUGUUCUCGCGCUGGUGGAUAGCGAUCCUUACGGACUGAAGAUUCUUUCCGUUUACGGAUGUGGAUCCAAGAAUAUGUCGUAUGAUAGUGCAAAUUUGACUACACCUGAUAUUAAGUGGCUAGGGGUUCGGCCUAGUGAUCUUGAUAAGUAUAAGAUACCGGAGCAAUGUCGGCUGCCGAUGACGGAGCAGGAUAUUAAGACAGGGAAGGACUUGUUGGAGGAGGAUUUCGUUAAGAAAAAUCCAGCGUGGGUGGAGGAGCUGACUUUGAUGGUGAAGACUAAGCAGAAGGCUGAGAUUCAGGCGUUGAGCUCUUUCGGGUUUCAGUAUUUGUCUGAGGUUUACCUGCCAUUGAAGCUACAGCAGCAAGAUUGGAUUUGAAAGGGGUAAGUGGUAAGCGAUCAAGAUGAGAAUUAUCUUUUGAGUUUGGUAUGAAUUUGUUGUAGGGUUAUCUUUCUUCUGAUAGAGUUUGCUGCAGAAAUGAAUGAUCAUGAUGGUAGAACAAAGUAGAGAAUGAAAAGUUCAUAAUUGAAAAUGAGGGAUCUUUUUCAUUCAGUGCUUCCUUAUGAGUUUUGCAAUCAAGUGUGUGGAGAGCUGGCUUGCUUAUUUGGUUCUUAUCCCCUAGAGGCCUAGACAUACAAUGAGUGGCCAGCUUAACUUUCGCAUUUCGUGCAUAUAGAAUAUCAGUUUCUAAAGGCACCUGCUAUUUUCUGCACCCAAUGAUGCAGUAAUUCGUCGUCGGUGAUCUGUAGGAUAACUUGUCACCAUUCUUUUGGUUCUUCCAACCCUUUUUCUUCUAGUAUGGCCAAUAUUUGUAUUAACUGGAGACCUAGGAGAGGAAGCCAAAACCUGGAGUUCUAAGUUGUUCUGCACUAGUUUCAGUAUCGUGUCUCUCAGCUCUGAACCAUAGUUAGCAGACUCUGCAGCACCUACUUUGUACACCCCUAGUAUUAUUGAUACUAGUUGUUUGGGGCAGAGCGAAUAGGUGACUAAUGGUUGAUUUCUGUUGAGUAGUUCGAGUCAUAUUGUGUUGAUUAUGCUUUCUGCCGCUGGUUAUUAGUUGCCUGCACACUCAAACUUUCUGUGUAUCAGUAUCAUGCAUAUGUCGCAAAGUGUAACAGGUCCACUUGGUUUUCACUUUUCUACAGUGGAUUUAAUUGUAGAAGAUGUGACUUGUAGCGUCGGUCAAAUUCGGAACUCUUUAGUAGGAUCAUUCAGCUGAUAAUGAUGCAAUGGUGGCCUGUCUGGUUUGCAUGCAGCAGGUUAAGCUGGGAGACGGCGUGAUGACGUUAGAGUACACAGUUUAGUAUGAGACUAAGCAAAAUUUACCGAGCCGCUGUUUGUGGGUAUUGCAGCAAUGAUGUGUUUAUUUACCUAGUUCAGUUUUUGGUUCAUGUCAAGUUGGUAGUGGUAAAGAGUACUGAUUUAUGGGGGCUGGCUGAAUAGGUUAAUUGUUAACAUAUUUCAAGCUAUUUUGUCGCCAUGUUUGAUUAUGGUGCUGCUGGUUAUAUCACCUGCAUGCUCAAACUGUCUGUACAUUUAUGCUCGUUGCGUUGAUAUAUGUUUGUCGCAAAUUUAUGAUCGGAUUUUAACAUAUCGUUCAAAAUUACUGUCCACCUUAAGGCUACCAUCCUGUAAGCAAUAAAACGAUAUUAGCCUCACGACGGUAAAAGCUCAACGUCCAAACUUCAAAUGAGUCGGAGAUUUCUCUAAACGUCUGGUCACUCACUAGUCACUACAUCAGAGAUCGAAGACCUAUUAAAACUGACUAGUUACAGAGAAUGUGGCAUUCGAAAUUAUGCACUUGCAACACUUCCACCACUAAAGCUUUUGAUCAUCCUUUGAUGCAAAUAGAGAAUAUUUACAGUAUACGUAACCUUGAUGGGGGAAAAAAUACCGCAAGUCAUCAUAUUAGGGAAAGAAACAGCUGCAGGAAACAAAAAUGGUAACUGUAUAAUUGCAGUAAAUCCUGAAUCGUCAUUACGAGUCUAUCUGUAUCAUUGACAACUUACAAAGAAAGAGCUGCUGUCAGAUACCCAACAGAGCUCAUGAUUUACACGGUAGGAGUCGUCAAGAAUUGUGAACCACCUUUGAUUAUUCAACUUCGUGAGCCAAAUUGCAGUUGCAGCUUAAUAGCUGGUUUUGCAGAUUGAAGAAAGCAGCCUGUAUACUACUAUCCUAAGAGCUAGCUUCCAAGCAUUCACCCUUUCAUUCAGUUUGUGGUGGGAAGGUAGACUCUGAAGAAGCCACGUUUACCAACCUUCUGCGUGCAGGUAGGGCACUUGUUGUCGAAGGAUGCUAGUGAUUUUCUUAAGCACUCUUUACAAAAGAUAUGGCCACAUUUUGUGGAUGUUGGCUCGACCAGAUCAUUCAUGCAUAUAGGGCAACUGAAGAUGGAUUCUUUUUGUGUUGGGACUGGGCAUAUGGCUUCCUGGACAUUCUUUGCCUGCAAAAGGAUGUUCAACAGUAAUCACUGGAAUGAGCAAAACACAAAACUAGAAGAAACACUUAACGAUUAAGUUCUAAGACUCAACUGGCAAAAUAUAACAUUGCCAAAAUC